GUAUAAUCAUGCGAAUGUGGAUGUGAAUGCAGGUGUGAAUAUAGAUGCAAAUAUGGAUGUAAAUGUGAAAAUAAAUGCGAAUGUGAAUGCAGCAACUGAUAUAUAUAAUCAAGAGUUCUUCGAUACAUUUCUUAAAACAAUAAAGGAUGAUUACGAACAUUGUAGACCACAACUUCGAGCAGCCCUUGAGAAAUUGGCUGAGAGAUACAAUGCAGCAAAAGCUAAGUUUAUCCUGGUGUUAACAUCCUUUCUCUAUAACGUGAAUCGUAAUUCGGACCUACUUGGGCGCGUAAAGAGUGGUGCUAAAAUUUGUGUACAAGUUGAAUCAGUCAAACAUAGAAAAACUGAAUCAAGUAUAAAGAAAUCUGGUGAUAAAGAAAACCAUGAUAAUGAUUCUCAUGUUAUUUCAGCAUGCAAAGUUAGAGCAAUUGGUAAAAAGAGGCACAAUCUUAGUCAAAAUAUGAACAAAAAUAAAUUGAAUUGA